AAUUCCACGCGAAGCAGAAUUUCAAUUUAUACUUAUUCUUCUUUUACAAUUAUAAAUUUCUACCAAUAUAUUUGAUAAAUGGAUAAUAUUAUUUAUUUAUACAAUAUUCUUGACAUUUUGUAUAUGGUAUAAUUGGACCAUUAAAAAAAGUACGGCGAUUUCAAAAUAUUUUACUUUAAUAAACUGCAUAAUUUCUUAUUUAGAAGACAUAAUGACAUUUCUGUUAAAGAGUGUGUGGAGAGGGGUGCUGCGAAGUCGACCACUCACUAAAACUCUACAAUCUCAGAGAUUCAGCUCUUCUGUUUCAACUGAGCUGAGUCGCAGCAGGAUUACAGAUACAGUGAUGUCAAGCAUCAAGUCUGCUCCGAGCACCAGUGACUUGCUCGCAGCUGUACAGACAAAUCUUCCAGCUAUGACAUAUAAGCACAUGAUGCAAGCUUUACGCAGCCUCUUUGAGCUGCAGAAAUCGGGGAAAUGUCAAGAAGAUGUAGAAAAUAUUAUAAAAAAUCCAGCAUUCACGGUUCUCUGCCAGAACUUUAAGAGGUAUGCUCCAGCUCUAGAUGUUAAUGAGGCGGUAGAAGCUACCAAAGUGCUGUCCUACCUCAAUGUUCCAGUCGACUCCUUGAUUGUUCAGACAUUACUUCAAAUGAUCAGAUGUAACAUCAACAUGAUCAACAUCAGACAGAUUAUGUUCCUAGACUUCAUCCUAGGCCAAUUUGACACUAAAAACCAUUUGGUGGAUGCCUUGAAACUGGCUCUGCCAUUGGCAUUUCAAAUUCACUUGCCUUUAGAAAUAGACAAUGAAGAUCUCCCACUCUUACGGGAUAUGCUGGCGUACAGCUGCAGGCACGACCUUCCAGAUCGCUGUAUAAAUAAUAUAGUGACUGGACUACUCUUACAUGAUCAGGGCAUAAAUGCUCAGACAGCAAAGUUUAUAAUAUGGUCUUUAUGUCAAAUUAACUGCACAAUAGAAGUCUUUCCAACGAGAGUCCAACUUCUCCAUAUAUGCUAUGAUAUCCUCUCACAGCAUAUGAAUGAUCUGACAUAUGAGGAUGUCUUGAAAACAGCAGCAAAGAUCAAGGGUCGUGUGCUUGAGAGGCAUCAGGAGUAUUAUCAUGAGCAGCUGAUGGAUACAAUAGCAGAAUACGUGGUGGACAAUAAUAUUGGUUUUGAAAAGAGCUUGCUGGUGGCGAGGGUGUUGUCCAGGAUCGCUCACACUCACCUCGGCCUGGUGGAAUACCUUUGCACUUUAGCAGCCUCCAGCCCUGUGACCCUCGCAAACGCGCGCACCAACAUACUCUUCGGCUUCAUCAACUGCCUUUCGAACAACAACUACACUCCUGACCCUGACCAAUGGGCUGAACUGCAAAGACAGAUCUCCUUAAACCCAGUACUAAGUGCCAAUAAUGCUGCACUGCCUUGGACAAAAUUAUGCUUAGAGCUGGCGUCUCUAGGUUACUAUGAAGACAAACUUAUAGACAAAGUGUUCUCCAAAGAUUUUCUCAAAGAAUACUUGUCUAGAGCCUACAACACAUUAGACUAUCUUCAGAUUUUGACACUGUAUGAGGCGGUGAGGUCGUUCCAUACUGAUCGAGUUAGCAUACCCCAAGAUGUGCUGGAGAAAGCAAAGGCACUGUACCCGGUACACUCUAUGACUAGUUUGCUGGAGGAACACUUAGCUCGAGGUUUGGGGAAUAAGGAGUACUUGAUGAAGAAUGUGAUACUACCAAGUGGAUUUGUUGCAGAUCUAUUGCUAUGUUUGAAGAAUGGUUACCCUGUUAAUUUGCCGUCACGAAGCGAUGAUAGUAAAGUGCCCCUAGAAGAACUACAUUUACCUGCAGGAUCGCUUGUGGUGUGCAUUAUGAACUUCAGCCAAGGUUGUUUUUCAAUGAAUAGCAACCGGCUCCGCGGGAUCUUCCGACUAGUCCUGAGCAUAUUAGAGAAGCAGGGCUACAUAGCAGUCCCUCUGAACAUGAACGAGUGGCUCACUGCGCCGGCGCAUGAACGCACCCCGUACUUGUUGAGGGAGAUCGACCAUAAGUGUAGCGAGGUCGGCAUGAAACUAUCCGCCUCCUGACCAGAUAUAUUGUGAAUAUAUUGUGGUUCUGUGAUUAGAAUUAAUGAAUGUGACUGGUAGACUAAAUUUUA